AUGUCAUCGAAGAGCUACGGUUUGGAAGCUGCGCCUUCAGCAGGCGAAACGGAGGUGAGCUCAAGUGUAGGAUCUCCCGGGAAGCAGGGAGAACUUGAGCGAGUAGUGGGCUUGGGCCGCGGCUCCGGUCUGUCUGGGUUCUGCGGGAAGAUGUCAGAAAUGUCGUGGGUCCAACGUGCUUUCGAAUACUUACUUAACGGUCCGGCCGACUGGAGAAUCCCUUCAUAUUUUACAGACGAGAUCGACAUUCUGGCUGUCAACGAGGAUUAUGUCGAUCCGAGUCAUUGGCCUCCUUUGGAAGCGGUUGAGAUCCUGACAGAGGCAUAUUUCAAUGCCUCACAAGCCGCUUUUCCCUUUGUCAUACGGGAGCGAUUUCUGGAGCAGGUGCUCACGUUUCAAACCCGUGGAACCUCUACAUGGUGGAGCAAGCGCUCUUGGCUAGCGCUCGCAAACGUUAUAUGGGCGACCAGCGCACGAUGGCUACAGGUGGCGGAGCUAGCUGAGGUGGUGGACCCUAAUAUCCAUCUGCUUUAUUAUGCUCGGGCUCGAGUACUCGGUCUCGACCACCGGGUAAUAAUUGAUCACCCAACCAUCACACAGAUACAGGGACUAGGUGUCCUCAGUUUAUAUCUCCUUACCAAUGGAUCCAUUACGAGGGCGUCGAAUGUCCUUGCUCAGGCCAUUCGACAUGCAACCGCCUUAGGCCUACAUCUCCAUGUGUCCGACCCCGAUGUGAGCGAGGCGGACAUAUUGGAACGUGCUUGGACCUGGAGUUCCUUGUACAGUCUGGAAGUCCUGGUCGCCGAAAUCACAGGCUUACCAAAGUCAAUCAAUCUUUCCGAGCGGAUAUUUCUGGGCCAUUACGAUACAGAGGUCCAAAGCAGUGAUAUCCAGCUCGAUCAAAGUGUUGAGAAUUUUAUACUAGAGACUAGGAGAACGUGGCUCACUUACUUGAGCACCGGCAGGGUCACUUCACAGGACACGCUUAGUGGACUAGCCUCAGCAGAAACAGGGUACAUGCCGAAGCACCUUCCGUCUUUCUACUUCGAACAACGACUUCAGCUUUGUCUCAUCAGCGAUAGGAUCGGCCGAGAAUUAUACAACGACAGCCCACCCAGUACCUGGGUUGAGAUUCAGCGCAGAAUCGCUGCAUUAGAGGUCGAACUGAGGAGUUGGGCUGAAACUUUCAUACACGAUGAUGACCCAAUUGAUCAAGCACCUUCGAGCAUCGACGUGACCCUGAGGCUGAACUUAACAAUGUACUAUCACAGUCUACAAAUGAUCCUUCACCGACCUUGUCUGUGCGAGAUAGUCAUCGCAUCCGAGUCUCAGGAGUCUCAGGAAUUCAACCAAAAUUCAGCACGAGCGUGUAACGGUGGGGCCCUGUCUCUACUAGCAGAUCUACCCGACACGGGUACUGGUCAAGAAGUAUGCCAGCAUCUCCCAUGGUGGAAUCUGCUCCACUAUCUGGUGCAAGCUGCAGCAGUGCUGCUACUGGAGCUGUGCCUCGAAGGUCAACAUUGUGAAGGUCAAGUGGAGGAGAUUUCAAGGUCUUUGCGCAAAGCAAUGGCGUAUAUUGCGCAUAUAGCCACCAGCGGUCUCUCGGCAUAUCGCGUUUGGAGAACUUUUCGUCACCUCUUGUUUGGGCUGUCGUUCAAAUAUAGUAGCAUCGAGCUGCAAAACAUACCCACCGAAAUCGCUCAGCCUUUUAGAUGGAGUGAAGAGAAUGAGAGCGAUUUACGGAGCAUGCUUGCAAGUACGGGACGAGAUCUCCCGAAUAGUUAG